GCCGUGAGGGAGCCCGACCCCGCGGCGGCCGGGGGGGGCGGCACCAGCCCGGCCGCCAGAAGCUGCCGCUCGCCAGCCGAGCCACAGCCGGGCGGGCGGCGGCGGGGCGCCGCCAUGGAGAGGACCCCCAUCCCGGUGCUGACCGUGCAGACGGCGCCCUACGAGGACCAGCGGCCGACGGGCGGCGGGGGGCUGCGGCGCCCCACGGGGCUCUUCGAGAGCCAGCGCAACUACCUGCCCAACUUCGUGCAGAGCCUCCUCUCCUCCGUCGACCUCCGCGACCGACAGGGAUGCACCAUGGUGGUGGGCAGCGACGGCAGGUACUUCAGCCGGGCGGCCAUCGAGACCGUCGUCCAGAUGGCGGCGGCCAACGGGAUUGGCAGAUUGGUUAUUGGGCAGAAUGGUAUCUUAUCCACACCUGCUGUUUCAUGUAUUAUUCGAAAGAUCAAAGCAGCUGGAGGUAUUAUUCUAACAGCUAGCCACAGUCCUGGGGGACCUGGAGGAGAGUUUGGAGUCAAGUUUGAGGUUGCUAAUGGAGGACCUGCUCCAGAUGCCGUUUCAGACAAAAUUUAUCAAAUCAGCAAAACCUUGGAGGAAUAUGCCAUUUGUCCUGAUCUCAGAGUUGAUUUAUCUCGCUUAGGAAGACAAGAGUUUGAUCUAGAGAACAAAUUCAAACCUUUCCGAGUGGAAAUUGUUGAUUCUGUGGAUAUCUACCUCAAUCUCCUUCGAAAUAUAUUUGACUUCAAUGCAAUCAGAAAUUUGCUGACUGGACCCAACCAGAUUAAAAUAAGGAUUGAUGCCAUGAAUGGAGUUAUGGGACCUUAUGUGAGAAGAAUCCUGUGUGAUGAAUUAGGAGCUCCUGCAAAUUCUGCCAUAAACUGUGUUCCUCUGGAGGAUUUUGGUGGACAACGUCCUGAUCCCAAUUUAACAUAUGCAACUGCCUUGCUGGAGGCUAUGAGAGGUGGAGAGUAUGGAUUUGGAGCUGCUUUUGAUGCAGAUGGAGACCGCUACAUGAUCCUUGGCCAAAAUGGUUUCUUUGUUAACGCGUCUGAUUCGUUGGCAAUUAUUGCUGCCAAUCUGUCUUGCAUUCCAUACUUCUGUCAGAUGGGUGUCCGAGGAUUUGGUAGGAGUAUGCCCACCAGCACAGCCCUGGACAAAGUGGCAAAAGUAAUGAAGGUUCCUGUGUAUGAAACACCAACAGGAUGGAGAUAUUUUUCCAAUCUCAUGGAUUCUGGACGUUGUUCACUCUGUGGGGAGGAAAGCUUUGGCACUGGGUCUGAUCAUCUUCGAGAGAAAGAUGGACUAUGGGCUGUGCUAGUCUGGCUUUCAAUCCUAGCAGCUCGAAAGCAGAGUGUUGAGGAGAUUGUCAGGGAUCACUGGGCAAAAUUUGGCCGGCACUACUACUGCAGGUUUGAUUAUGAAGCAUUGGAGCCCAGAACAGCGUAUUUCAUAAUGAGAGACCUCGAAGCUUUGAUCACUGACAAAUCAUUCAGCCAUCAGCAGUUUGCUGUGGGCAACAAUAUCUACAGUGUGGAAAGAACAGACAGCUUUGAGUACAUAGAUCCUGUGGAUGGCACUGUGACCAAAAGACAGGGCCUGCGGAUUAUUUUUUCAGAUGCUUCCAGGCUCAUCUUCAGAAUGAGUGCUUCUAGCCAUGUGAGAGCUACUCUCCGAAUCUAUGCAGAGAGUUAUGAGAAGGAUCCUAGCCAACACAAUAAGGAACCACAGGCUGUGCUGAGUCCUCUUAUAGCAAUCGCACUGAAAAUAUCUCAGAUUCAUGAGAGGACAGGGCGAAAGGGACCCACUGUCAUCACCUGAAGCCACAGAGGAUUGCUAAACCAGGGCCAAAGGAGGAACAGCAAGGAAGAGACGGGACCUUGCUGAAACAUUUUAGCUGUUUGUGCCUUGUAUGAUUUUAAAACUUUUUGUGGGGAUAGAGGGAGGUGGGAAGAAAAAUUCAAUAUGAUAUUGAGCAUAUACAGUUGCAUCGAUCUCCAAAGACAGUCGUGUAUUGACUUCUUUGUUUUACCUGCAAUAUCUUUAUUUCAGAUAGCAAUAUAACCACAGAAAAGGCCUUAACUCUCAAAUGUUGCCAGCAAUGUUACAGAAAAGGCAAACUGCUUAUUUUUGAAUGCUCUUAUAAAGGUUGGGGGAAUUUCAGUUAAGGAGAGAGGAGGAGAGGUUGCAAAGCACAGACAUGUUUGGUGAAUAUUGUUUGUGAUUCUUGUCACCUUAUUGUUGGUUUAUGGAGACAUACAAAGCAAGUCUGGGGCUUAAGAGCUUUAUACAAAACUUUGCAAAGGGUUUGUUUCCUAACUUGACACCACUUCUCACCAGUCUCUCCCAUUGCUCACAAAUACACGCUGGCAGCAGUGUUGUGUACACACUUGCACAUGCUCCUAAAGAAAGGGUCAUCCCAUAUAUAUAUAUUUUUACCCCUGCUUUUAAAGCAUAUCAAUGUGACCUGUGCCUUUACAUCUUCCUGAAGUUUGAGACUGUUUUUUUACCUCCAGAGGGAGGCAGUUGUGCUAUAGAAGCUGAUUGUGUCCUUCCAGCAAUAUGUUGGGUGUGGCAUCUUGGCUGUCUUUUGCAGCAUUCCUCACGUCAGCAGAUGAUAUUGGUGCUUACUGUGUUUGAAAGGCAAACAUUGCAAGUUCAGCAAUUUUUCAUGAAGGAAUUAUUAUGGAAGCUUUUUAAGUCUUUGGAGCAGUGACAUUCUACUUACCACAAAGUGGCAAGUCAAUUGUGUGGUGAAGAGGAAAUGAAAACAAACACUAAUGAAUUAAAUAGAAAUAACUUGUCCAAUUCACCAGCUGGACUCAGCUUUUGUUAGAUUCUGUGUUACAGUGGAUUAUGAAAUAAAAAGUUGGGGAGUGCAAAGAGAGAAGAGAUGACCUGGCAUAAAUCUGAGAAGGACAUUGGGGAUACAGACAUCAGCAUUUUUCUGCUUGCGAAGUGGUAUGGCAGUUCUAGCUACAAAACUGUGCUCUGAGUAAGAACACAAACACUUUAUGCAUGUGACUUGUUUGAAAGCUUUGCUUCCUUGGGAACAGUGUGGUCACUUGUAUCAUUUGUCAAGGUGGCUUUGUGCAACUUGCCUCUUUGCAGUGUGUUUCAAUUCAUUGUGGUUGUCAAAUUUUAGUGCAAUUUAUAUAACAUUGCAGCAAAGGAAAUUGUUUUGAUUUCUUUCAACACUUCUGUCAAAAAAAAUCUAUGACACUGAGUACACAAUAAAGAGGUAUGCUGUAUUUCUGUCUUAAUAUGCAAUUGUUAACAAGACACACUGCACUUUCAAGCAUCCUAAUAAAACUGUCUUUAAUACAA